AUGACAUCAGCACCAAUUGAUGGUAUUAAACGUUCAAAUGUUUGCGGAGAUGGAUAUCGUAUUGAAGGAGCAUUACUUAAAUCUUAUCCAUAUGCUAAAAGUGAAUCCUAUUUACCGUAUGAAGAUUGUUAUAUGACAUUUAAAUCUCGUCGACAAGAUAAUCAAAUACGUAUUCGUAUAUUAUCAUUAGAUCUCAAUGAUAUUCAUGGUGGUGUUAAUUGUUUAGAUUCACUUCGUUUUUAUAAAUCAGCAUAUGUUAAUCGAUUAGAUAAACUUAAUACAGUUGAAUGUGGACAAUUAACUGAAAAAGAAAGAUUUACUGUUAUUUCACCAACAGGAAUUGUUACUGCUCAUUUUUCAACCGAUGGUGGAAAUGUUAGUGGUAACGGUUUUCGAGUUGUUCUUACUGCCUUUCGUUCUCCAAAUAAAACACAUCCUUGUGAUGAAAAUAACGAAGAAUUUCUUUGUAGUAAUCAAGAAUGUAUUAGUAAUAUACUCUUAUGUGACGGUGUGCCUCAUUGUUUGGAUGAAUCUGAUGAGUCACCACAUCGUUCAUGUACUUCUAGUAAUGCUGAAUCUUCAAAUAGUGGUAAUAUUGAAUCAAAUAAUCGUACAAGAACAUCUAAACGUCAGCAUUGGCGUGGCAUUCUGAUAGCUGCUUUUUUACUUAUUAUCUUAACUAAAACUGGACCGAAAACAACAACUGCAACAACGACAACACAAGUUAUUCUUGAAAAUAAUAAAUCCACUGGGAAACGUCUUGAUGAUGAUUAUAGUUUAUUAUAA